AUGUAUUGUCUACAAUGGUUGAUACCUGUGUUGUUAAUUCCAAAACCUGUAAAUCCAGCCUUCUUUUACAACCACGCAAUGUUUAUAAUAUUGUAUUUAAUCAGCUUUUUUAUUCAACAAAAACCAUGUGCCAUAUGUAGCAUAAUAUUCAUAGUUGCCUUGUUUGUAAUGUGCUACAGCAACAUCGAUGGUUGUGUGGUAUGGCCUUGUGGUGAAAGCACCAUGUAA